AUGCAUUUCCAACGAUUCGUCAUCGCAGCAAUCGUUCUCCCACUCGCUAUUGCGGCUCCCAUCGCUAAUACCGCGAGCCAGAACAAGAACUCUCAAGUCAUCCAACAGAAUGACAAAUAUGAUGGGGUUGCAUCCACAUCAGUCACUCUCCGAGCACGUCAACUUUUGUGGACAUUCUUGGCUCCCUUUGGGCUAGAGCCUGUUGUUGACGGGAUCAACGAUACACUCUUAGCACUUGGAGCUAAGUAA